CCUUUUACUCAAAGUAUCCAAAAAUUCCUCUACUUUCGAACUUCUCAACUUUCAAAUCUCUCUCUCUCUCUCUCUCUCUCUCUCUCUCAUAAUUAAGGACUUGAGUAAGGUGAAGUGAAAUGGGUUUAGAAGAAGAAACAUCAACUUUAGAGCUCAUUAGGCAACAUCUUCUCAACGACUUUACUUCCAUGGAUAAUUUCAUCAACGGCCUCAACUUCUGCACUGCCAAUAUCCCCAAAUCCCAACCGUUGACUCAACCUUCACUUUCCGAGCUCCCAAACAGUACUGCUAGUUCUACUAAUCACUUUAAAGUCUCUGAUUUCUUGAUAACCCCAAAGCAAGAAGAAGCUCACAGUUUCGAGUUCGAAACCAAACCACAAAUCCCCCACCCGAAACCCACCAACGCCCUUAGCCAGCGCCGGCCCUCUAUAAACGUCGCGAUUCCGCCGGCCGGAUUCCAGACUCCGGCACUGGCGCCGGCCCCGGAGACCGACAAUUACGGCGAUGUUAGGCACUACAGGGGAGUGCGGAGGCGGCCGUGGGGUAAGUUCGCGGCGGAGAUUCGGGACCCGAACCGCCGCGGCUCCCGCGUGUGGCUCGGGACGUUCGACACCGCCAUCGACGCAGCCAGGGCCUACGACCGCGCUGCCUUCAGAAUGCGCGGGAGCAAGGCCAUCCUAAAUUUUCCCCUGGAAGCUGGAAAAUUUCCAUCUCCCGUGCCAGCGCCGGAGAAGAGUGGUUCUCCGGCGAGCGGCGACCGGAAGAGGAGAAGAGAUGAAGAAGAGAAUGUCAGAGAUAACAAGAGCAAGGCGUUGAAGAGUUCGGAAGAAACGACGUCGUCUUCUUCAGAGAGUACCACCGUGACGGUUUGUCCGUUGACGCCUUCAAGUUGGACGGCCGUUUGGGACAGUAAGGACGUGAUGGGAAUUUUCUCGGUGCCGCCACUGUCACCGUUAUCUCCUCACCCAUCAUUUGGAUAUUCUCAACUCAUGGUUAUCUGAAAAAAAAAAAAAUUGCUAAACUAGGAAAGGUCAAAGACUGCAAUUCAAACCAGCCAUAUGAAUAUGACGCAAGCAAAUUAAAGGGCAAAACAGAGAGUUAUCCACAGCUCUUUUCCCAAGAGAUUAUAAGAAAAGUCAAAGGGAUUGAGGUGGCUGAGUUUUGUAAAUACAAGUGUGUAUUUUUUUUUUUUUUUCCAAUGUGCGACUUAAGUUAAUUAAGUUCUUUACUUCUAUCUUAACAGUACCAGAUUGAGCUACAAAGGGCUCUAAAUCUGUGUACUAUGUAUGAUGUAAAACUUUAUAUGGUUGAGAAUUUGAUUUGUUUAUUCGUUUA